UUUUGUGGCGCAGGCACAAUGCUCAGUCCCCAAGCUUACAUUCACAGUGUUAUUUUUGAUAACCAGCAAUGGUGCCAGUGAUAUGCAUCAGAUAGCCAGCGAGGGGAUGUAUCAGGUUUGCUGAGAGUUUUACCUACGUCGUUCAGAAGACAGCACCCAGGUUCCCAGGAGCUUAUCUUGGGGGUCUUCAGACGGCACUCAGGCGUCGCAGGAAGCAUCCUUCCUUGAAACAUCUAGCCUCUGAGGACACUUCCUACACACUACAUCAGCUUAGCCAUUGUUUCAGUACAUUAGCUGAUCAGCAUGGGCUCCGACUAUUCAACACCACAAAUAUGUCGAUGCAGUGCAAGUGGUGACCUGCCUUAUGAAGUACACGACGCUGCCAGAAAUGGUUACCUCACUAAAGUAUCAAACUACUUGAAAACCAAUGACAACGUGAACGCGAUGUACAGCGGCAAGACGAUGCUACACACAGCAUGUGAAAACGGCCGGUUUAAUGUAGUAGAAAAGCUGUUAAGUCAUCGUAACAUCUGCAUGAACCUGCGUACGAAGAACAAGAAUGUGGACACUGCUCUUAUACUGGCAUCAAGAAAUGGUCACCUAGACUGUGUUAAAGCUCUCCUCCCAGCAAAAACCCAGUGCCCACUGGAUAUAGAGAGUAAAAAUAGUUACGGAAAUAAAGCUCUUGAUGACGCUUUAGUGUAUAAAAGAGAAGAGGUUGUUUUCCUACUCAUGGCUACUACCAAGAAGUUUUCCACAUCUAGUUUCAACUAAAGUGACACAACCUCCAUCCCAGGGAACACAAGAUUUAUAUACAAAAUAUGGAAAAAAUGAGUGAUAAAAAAUUCUAUUUUUGCUAUACGGGCCUUUCUUCAUAAAGCAUAUCAAGAAUGGCAGUCUUCACACAAUCUGUUUACAGUAACUUUUUUUUUUUUUUUGAUGGGGAAGUACUAAACCCACAAGAGGUCAUACAGCACCUUUGAGAAUGUAUGGUAAUCACACUUUCCUAGGAAGAGAGGGUAGAUAUACUUCUUUGAAUCAAUUAUUAUGGGGGAAUGCUAAACCCACGGGGAUUUAUACAGCGCCUUUGUGGGGGAGGAUGUGGAAGGUAUUCAGACAAUUCAGUUAACUGGAGCACAGAUCCAAUUCCCUAGUCAAGAGCCUCACUUGAGGGGUUCUUUAAAUAAACCUCUUCAAGGGGGGCUCCUUGUUGUGGUGAAGAGGCUCUUGGUCUGAGGAAUUAGACCUGUCGGUCUCCUUCCUCAGACCGAACCUAAUUACGCCCCAAUCCCCCUUCCCUAUCCCAUCCUUCCCUUUUUCCUUUCCUCCUCCUCCUCCUCCCCACCCCUCCCUUUUGCCCUUCCUUUUUGGCCUUUGGGAUUUUUUCCCACAGGCACGCUAGUUCCUAGGUAGGGGAAAGGGUACUGGGGUCCAUCCCAUUCCAUUGAGG